AUGGAGCUCAAGAGAGGAAAGACCUUCAUCAAGUCCCCUGUGCAACACGAGAAAGUGCCAGCAGUGCACACAGCUCCUGUCAACAAAGAUGAUACAGGGAAAGACAAAAAGGCAGCUCUGGAAGGAAAGCAAAGCGUAGCUGAAGUCCAGCUGGCGUGUUUGGCCACACACAAGAACUACAGAUUUUCUACCCGGGCAGCGAGGAAUGGAGCUGGUGACCACAACCUGGAAAAGUCCUCUGGGUCCUCCUACAAACUUGUAAGGAAGAGCAAAACUCAUGACUGCGUUCCUGAGGCAGACAAAGCAGAGCAGUGCAGCCCCAGCGGCAGGGCGUAUGAGGAAGGCUUUUCUGGAAAGGGUAAGGGGCGACUUGUCAAUAGCAUCAGCUUUUCGGGGACGUCCAGCUCUAGCAGUAAGAAGGAGUGUGUGGUCAGCCCCAGCCAGUCUGCCUGCAGCAGUCAGAUGAUCGAUUACAGGAACUUUGUGCCACAGAUGCCUUUUGUACCAGCAGUCGCAAAAACCAUUCCCAGGAAGAGGAUUUCCCUCAAAAGAUCUAAGAAAGGGCUCAGAGAUAUAUUUCAUAUACGAAAAAAUAAACCAGACAGCCUCACUUUCCUGGUUGAGAAGGACAAGAAUCUGUCUUCUCCAGGCUGCAAGAGUGAGUUUUCUGGACGUCUUGCAAAGUACUUUUUCAAAACUGGAGAAACAUUUGUGGCUGACUGCUUGUCACAAGACUGCUCAGACAGUGAACUGCAGUCUGACUCUUCCUACGACUACUGCAACACCCUGUGUGAAGAUGUCGCCUCGCUGAAGAGCUUUGACUCCCUCACUGGCUGCGGGGAGAUCUUUGCCGAUGAGAGCUCUGCUCAUGUGGAGCUGGAAAACAGCAAAGAAGUUUUGCUGAGACGAGGCAAGCACAAAGACAGCCCUGUCAUGGGCUCUUUCCAAGGGGGUGUGGAGCAGCUGGCCUCUCCUGGCCAGAAUGAGACGGUUGAAUUUGCAAAGUUUUGGGACAACAUCAACAAAUCAGUGAGGCUGCAUCAGAGCGCUCUGUUUGAUAAGAAGUUACUGAAGGUGCCGAGUGCUGAUGUGGAAAAAGCCAGAAGCCAGGCUGCUGCACCUGUGACAGAGCCCCAAGUGUCACCUGAUAAAGAUGGUGACAGUUCCAAAGAUUGCUCCACAGAAACAGGAACGCCAAAGAGCGACAACCAGGAAUCCACAUCCACCAGUGAUGAAGGCUACUAUGAUUCAUUCUCUCCCGGACAAGAGGAUGAAGUGAAGGAAGCUCAGACGCCUGGGGUGCCAGGUAGAUUUCCAAGAGACAGCUACAGUGGAGAUGCUCUUUAUGAGCUCUUCUAUGACCCAAACGAAGUACAAAUAAACCCAGUCCUAGACGAUGACUUAUGCACAUCUGAAAGCAUUUCUGAACAAGCCAUUGAAAUCCCUUUGUCCAUUUAUAGCUUUCACGUUGGAGCUGAGGAGAACAUGGCUUCCCAACCAGCUUUAGACAUUAUCAGCCAGGGUUUUUUCCACAGCACAUGGAAAGGCAAGGAGUGUUUGCUAAAGCUCUGUGACACCGAGCUUUCACUGACCAUGGGCAUAAUAAACUGGCUGCGAAAACACUCGGGACUUGCUUCCUCCCCUGACUCUCUUCAGAGUCCUCAAUCACAGCCGGAAAAGCCUAAUGAUUCAUCGAUCCCACCCAGCACCGGUCCAGAACAGAAAGUGAGCACAGAAACUCAGCAGGAGAAAGCGAGCAAGGAAGAAUUUAAUACAUUUAACCUACACGUGUCUUUGGAUGAAAGCCAACAGACAACACAGGCCUCUUCAGUAAAAGCUGCUGAAAGAGAUGACAGCCUGGACUCUUGCCCUGACACAUCUAAUUUGAAUUUCCAAGGAAGGGAAGGGAGCGACCACAAGGAUUCAUCUACGGUGCCUGCAACUGUGGAAACAACCAGAUCAUCAAGUUACCCACCACAAUCCCAGGCUAAUGGAGACGAUCUGCAGACAUCUUCAACUGAGAAUGAGAAGGUGACAACUUCAGAAGGAUGUGAGAUACUCGGAGAUAAAAACCCACUGCCAGAAAAGCUGAACAGAGAGAGCAGUUCCCAGAGCUCUGACAACCCGUCAUUAGAUGACAAUCACGAAGUAGAGUCAUGUUACUCCUACAAGACUGCUGCAACCUCACUCCUGGAUCCCCCUGAGCCCGAGGACAGAAAUAAAUCAAUGUAUCGCUCUCUCUCUAUUUCCUGUGACAAACCGCUGCAGCCUCUUACUCUCAGACGCUUCCAAAGCUACAUUAGCCCCACGCCAACAGAGAGCAGCACUAACAUCGUGCAGCUCUUGGAGCACUGCGUAACACAAGUGGCAUCUUUAAAAAUCAGCUACGAAAACAAGCACCUGGAAGACAAAUGCAUUGGGAAUGAAAUGAACAAUAUCAUUAGUAAGAUGUCUCAGUAUAAAAACAAGUUAUUGUUGCAAAAUGAAUGCAACUGCAUUGUCCCCAAUCCAGCAUACUCCAGUAUUCCUAGCACAAACCAAUACAACUAUGAGACAAGUCUGCAUUCCAGCAGUCUGUAUCAUUUGAAGCAAAAGGAGAAGCAAAUUUGCUCUGAAGAUCAGAAAAGCAGAGCAAAAAUCCUAGAUGAGGUCGCUAGAAGCAAGAUAAAUUUUGAAUACGCCCAGCUAAAUAAUGAAGCCCUCUCCUAUUUGAAAGACUUUACAUUCGAUCUCAGUCCAAGCGACUCUGCCCCUGCUACAACUCUUAGUAGACCAACAUUUUUACCUCUCUUUAGCUCUGUCUGCUCAGACAUACCUGCUACUUUUUCACCAGCUUCAUACAGUACCAGUGUCUCUCUCGCUGACUCUCUGCAGCCUAAGGAGGCCAAGCAGUGCAGCCCAGGGCCGUGGAGCUAUGCAGAACCCCCCUGCAGGGGCCUGACUGCUGGGAACGCUCUGUCCUCGCACCCAGAGGCAGUGACACCGGACACAGCCUUGACAGGGAGGAACCACCAGUGA